AUGUCGUGGAGGGAUUUAUUCCCGGUCUUAAAUCAGAUUCAACAAGUUUCGCUUGACCCGAACAAGAAUGAUCGGCUGUUAUGGAAGGAUGGAAUUGACCUGGAUGAAUUUUCGUGUUCAGGUGUGUGGGAUUCAGUUCGAGUGAGGGAGCCGGAGGUUGACUGGAUGGGCCUUGUUUGGUUUUCUCAUUGCAUCCCAAGGCAUGCUUUCCUCAUGUGGCUGAUUUUCAGGCGAAAACUUUUAACUCAAGAUAAAAUUCUAAAGUGGGAUUUUGCUAGAAGGAGGAAUAUGAAUAUGAUGUGCUGUUUAUUAUGUUAUGCAAAUGUGGACUCACAUACUCAUCUAUUUUUUGAAUGUAAGUUCUCAUCCGAUGUUUGGAUCUUGGUCAGAGAUAAAGUGGAUAUGGGUGAUGUGGACCCUAAAUGGAAUGCUAUUAUUGAUUGGUUGAAACGCCAAAUGCAAUCAAAGUUGGCUACGGAUUAUGUGUCAAGACUUCUUGUGGCGGCUACUUCUUAUUUCAUUUGGCAGGAACGGAAUGCUAGGCUCCUCAAGAAUCAGACGAGACCACCAGAUACUAUUGCCACUGCAGUGCUUACUACGGUUAGAUAUAAGCUAUUGGGAAUGAAGUUUAAGGAUACUGAUAAUGUCAGGAGGCUCUUGAGCAAAUGGGAGAUCCAUGGCGGUUAUGCGGAAGACGAUGGAGGCCGCUGA